CACAAUUAAAAUAACAAUGUCUUGUAGAUGGAGAAGAGAAAACAUAUGGUGGGUGUGAAGGCCCUGAUGCUAUGUAUGUGAAGUUGAUAUCCUCUGAUGGCCAUGAAUUCAUUGUCAAAAGGGAACAUGCACUCACAUCAGGAACGAUAAAAGCUAUGUUGAGUGGCCCAGGACAGUUUGCUGAAAAUGAAACAAAUGAAGUAAAUUUCAGAGAGAUCCCCUCCCAUGUCCUAUCCAAAGUGUGCAUGUAUUUCACCUACAAGGUUCGCUACACUAACAGCUCCACAGAAAUUCCUGAAUUUCCAAUUGCACCAGAAAUUGCACUGGAACUGCUGAUGGCUGCAAACUUCUUAGAUUGUUAAAUAAAUAAAUUAUAAUAAAAAUGUAAACUUUUUUCGAUAUUUAAUACACUUAGUUCAGUUAGUACCUUUUUUCAUAUAGCAUGUUGUGUAUGUUUGGUUAAGGACUGUAAUGAUCACUGCAAGGGACCAUCAUCUGCAGUGGUUUGACAUGCAUGGAUUUUGUUUCACUGCUUACAUCAAUAACAGUCUUCUCACCAACUGAAAAAUAAACAUGUCAACUCGUGGA